CUUAGGCGACACACUGAGCAGGGGCAGCAGGGAUCAACGCGUAGGAAACACAUAGUAGAUGCACUACCAAAGAGGACGUCUGCCACCUCAACUGGAUCCUUUGGAAAGAUGAGAGGAGAGAGAAAGAGAAUACGCACGUUGAGAGAAGUCCUCCAUGGAGCUUGAUAGGACUCCAACGUGCUGCUGCAGAGGAAUCUUGCAACCCUGGUCAUCCUUAAAAAAACAUUUGCAUCUUUAACAUUGCUGGAAAACUGGCAUGGAACACCACAGAUAUCUCUGGCGCAAUUUUAGCAGGAAGGAGUGAGCAGAGUGUACAAACGUAUUUGGUCAGAAACUAAAAUAUAUUAUUUUAAGGACGUGAACCAGAGAACAAACUAAAGAGGUGAAAGACAAGGCAAGUAGAAAGGUUUGGUUUCUGAGCUCCACACCAACCACCCCAUUAAUCAUUUGACUUGAAACCUAGGGGUGGUGAGGGUCGCUAUAAAAGCCAUGGAUACAGCUACAGAGGGUGCUCAGGAGGUAAUGGUAAGUGAGGCUCUUGUUCAGUUCAAGGCCACCUUGCAAGCUGCCGUAAGGGAGGUACACGUGGAUGUAAGCGCCUUCAAGCAGCGCAUAGAGCAAAGGAUUGAGGAGCUAUGCAUUUCCAACGGACCCUUGACCGAGACGGUGACCAGGCUGCAGGAGGAGAACCUGCAGCUCAGGGCAAAGCUGGAGGCCCUCAGCCGUCUGGUGGAGGGUCUUGCCGGGGUAAAGGCUGAGAAGAGUCCUGCUGAAGUGAAGGGGAAGAACGAGGAGGAAAAUAUUGAGAAUGGACAGGUACAGAUACAGUCCAAGACCCAGGAAGACAAGAGGGGUUUGCUCAACUCUGGAAGAUCGGAGGACAGCCUGUCAAGUCAGUCCAUGUCCACAUCCUCUGAACCAUCUGGGUCAAGUGGAGGAUCAAACCAUGCUGCUGCUGCUGCUGCUCCCAGGAACACCCCAGCCCCUCCUCCGUGGAGAGCAAAGAGACAUGCUGAAAUUAACGGCACUGAUGUAAAAGGAGAAAAAAAUGUCGCCACAGCUGCACAAGAGAAUGGCAAGCAAGAAGGUUCGGCAGUGGUCUCUGACGCAGCCCAAACUGCUGAAGCUGUUCCCCAGUCCCAUCAGCCACUCACCGCCGUCACCAAACCAAGCCCAGAGCUUUCUGCCAUAGCUAAUCCUCUUCAGUCUAAAGUGGAAACCACCAAAAUGCCUGACCAGGAAGAAUCAGGUCUUCUGACCAAACCCCAUCUGCCCCUCACUGCUAUGACGAAAGCCGGCUCCGAGGCUCCAUCUGCUCCUCAGUCUGCCGCCUCAGUGGCCAAAGCAACAAAAGAAACUCCAGUAAAAUCAGUGGAGUCUCCUGCGAAAUGUGAUGCUGAGGAACCCCAGCCCCAUCUUCCCAUCACCGCCAUGACAACCAAACCCAGUCCUGAGGGUCUGCUUCCCACCAAAUCUGUUCAGUCUCCAGCAUUACUGCCUAAAGCAGCCGGCCAUUCUACAGCAGAGGCUCCAACAGAGGAAACAGGCGAAUAUCCAUUUAUAAGAGGUGCAUCUGGAGCAAAGGAGUUGAAGUCCCAGUUAUCCCAGGAGCAGUCAGGGUCUGGAUCUCAGGCUUUGCCCCAUCUUCCCCUCACAGCUGUAACCAAAAGCAGCUCUGAGACUUCCGCUCCAUCUAAACCUGAUCAGAAUCCUUCAAUACCAGAAUCCCCGACAGUAAAGCGAGGCGAAUGUCCAUUUAGACGUGACAUCAGUGAACCCAAGCCACACUUGCCUCUCUCUGCUAUGACCAAACCCAACACAGAGUCUUCAUCAUCAGCUGUACCAGCUCAGUCUCCAAGUAUUUCAGCAUCACAGGAACCUAUUGUAAAACCUGGGGAAUAUCCCUUUAAGCGAGUACCAAUUCUCAAGACACCCAGUCCCAGUCUGAAGAGAAGUGUGAGCUUUCCUCAGUCUGCAGAAAAAUUACUUCCCUCCAAAUCAAUCAUAAAAUCUGGUUUCUCACCUAAUUUGGAAAAGAAAGCGAACAAGCCAGGAGGGGUUGAGUUUAAGCAGGAUGUAAUGAGAUCACAAACACUUCCACGCUCCAAUGGGGCUCAGGCCAAACGGGCUCUCUUUGAAAGGAUGAACUCAGAACCUACCAAGCCAAAGGACUCCAAGCCUAAACUGAAGCGCUCUCAGAGUUUUGGAGUGUCCAGUGCCAGUGGUAUCAAACAGAUUCUUCUGGAGUGGUGUCGCUCAAAAACCAUUGGCUAUCAGAACAUAGACAUUCAAAACUUCUCAUCCAGUUGGAGUGAUGGGAUGGCUUUCUGUGCUCUGGUUCACUCUUUCUUCCCUCUGGAGUUUGAUUACAACACGCUGGAUCCUUCAAACCGCAAACACAACUUAGAGCUGGCUUUCACCGCUGCAGAGGAGCAGGCCGACUGUCUCCGUCUGAUUGAGGUGGACGACAUGUUGGAGAUGGGGGACAAGCCAGACCCCAUGUGUGUGUUUACAUACGUCCAGUCCCUCUAUAACCACCUAAAGAAGUUUGAAUAACUCUGUAUCAGAGUAGAUGAAAAAGUCUAGAUGUUUUUAACCACAGUGUGUUGUGAACACUUUGAAUGGGCUGAAUUAAUGUGGAGCCCAAAACCGGCCUCUGACAAUCAAACCAAUAGGACACUGCUAUUGUUUAAAUCACUUACACAAUGACAUUGGUGUUUGACAAAUAUCUGAUCAGUUUUAUACUGUAUGUGUGUGCUCACCAGCUUCCCCAAUUUCCUUUAGCAUUUAUAGUAGACUACUGAUUCUUAAAUGCAGUGUCUUAUGAGAUGUAUUGUGAUGCGUGUGGCUCUAAUGUUGUUGUAUUUACAAAAGGGUUUUUGAGUAAUUCUCAAACCCAUUAUAAAAAGGAAGCAAAUUUAAGAAAUGUAACAAAUCAAAGAGUUAUGAACCAGUGUAGAGAUGCUCCGGUAACAAUAAACUGAGGUCUUGCUAGAUGAAUCUUGUAAUGUGGCAAAAUAAAGCGCUUUUCUAAUAUUUCUUUUUUUCAUAUAUUAUUGUGGCAGGCUGCACAGCAGAGGCAAAAAUGUGCAGGAUGUGUAGUGGAAGUGUAAACUGUAAAUAAUUUAACUGUGACAUAUAAACUCCAGGAGCCAAAUUCAGGUCAGUCAGUCAGUCAGAUAUGAAAUUUAUUAGGGCUGGCUGCCGCCUGUGAUGGCAUUUGGCAUGACACUAACAGGGAUUGAAGGUAUUUUUAUAUGACAAAUGUUUACACUAUUACACAAUUAAGUGUAAGGGCAAGAAACCGUAGAUCUUAGUUGUCAUCACAUCACUGAAGUGCCAUACGUAGGUCACAUGAUGACAACUGAGCCAUCUCUGUCUGCCGUAGAUGACCAUGAGAUGUGCUUGAAUGUUCUGGAAAAAAAAAAAAAAACUACUAAGAGCACCUUCAGCUAACAUUUUUCUGUUGAAGAAAUGCUGUUUUCAGUUCAUCAAAUAU